AUGGCCGAGGAAUCGUGUGCAAUUAUGGAAAAACCUGAGGUAAUUACAAAAACCGCUGAAGAGCUGUCUAUACAUCAUAAAAAAGAAUUUAAAGAUCUCGAGGUACAAAUUACCAAGCUAAAAAAGACAGUAGCAAAGGGUGAUAAGAAACGCCAAAAAGAAGUUCAGGCUGAAGCGAAUAGAUUGAAAACCGAACUUCUUCAAAGACAACAAAAAGAGAUCCAAGAGCUUAGAGCGAAGGAAAAUGUUGAGACAACAAGUAAUAUCGUUGAACCUACCUUAAAGGAAGACGUUAA